UGUGAAUCCUGGGUACCUUUCCAUUCAAGGUGGAGUGGAUGUUUACACAUCUAAACCUUGCUGAGGUGUGACCUCCCACGGGAUCAGGAUACAACUUAAAGCCAAUCUUGGCUGGAGACUAUCUCAUCAUUUAGCUAAAAAUGGUAUUUUUUACAUGCAAUGCGUGUGGUGAAUCAGUGAAGAAAAUACAAGUGGAAAAGCACGUAGCUGUUUGCAGAAACUGUGAAUGCCUUUCUUGCAUUGACUGUGGUAAAGAUUUCUGGGGCGAUGAUUAUAAAAACCACGUGAAAUGCAUAAGUGAAGAUCAGAAGUAUGGUGGCAAAGGCUAUGAGGGUAAAACCUUCAAAGGCGAUGUUAAACAGCAAGCCUGGAUUCAGAAAAUUAAUAAGUUAAUAAAGAGACCUAAUGUCAGCCCCAAAGUGAGAGAACUUUUAGAGCAAAUUAGUGCUUUUGACAACGUUCCCAGGAAAAAGGCAAAAUUUCAGAAUUGGAUGAAGAACAGUUUAAAAGUUUAUAAUGAAUCCAUUCUGGAGCAGGUGUGGAAUAUCUUUUCUGAAGCUUCUGGCAGUGGUCAAGAUCAACAGCCACUCAGCCAGGAUGCAGGUCCACACGCAGAAGUCUCUACCAAGGCCCGCUCCUCCACAGCAAACAACACCACAGAAGAACAAUCAGAAGCGAAGAAGAAUAAAAGAGAGAAGAAGGAAGAACGGCAGAAGAUUAGAAAAAAAGAAAAGAAGGAACUGAAGUUAAAAAACCACCAGGAAAAUUCAAGGAGUCAGAAGCCAAAGAAGCGCAAAAAGGGACAGGAGGCGGGACUGGAAGCUGGCGGGCAAGAAGUCCCCGAGGCCAAUGGGUCUGGUGAGAAGAAGAGUGGGAAGAAGAAGAACAAGGGCGCACCUGCAGGGGAAGGGGCAGCGGAUGGAGGUAGGGGCUCCGGAGAGGACGGUGCCAAGGAAGAGCCCAAAACGGCUAUAGGAAAAAGAAAGCGCAAGCAUUCAGAAGUUAAAACAGAAACUAAGAAGAAAAAGAUGAAGAUCCCAGGACAUUCCGAAGGUGGUGAGCCAGAAGACCACGAGGCUCCUGCAAAAGGUAAAUUCAACUGGAAGGGAACAAUUAAAGCAGUUCUGAAGCAGGCCCCAGACAAUGAAAUUGCCAUCAAAAAGCUAAGGAAAAAGGUUUUAGCUCAGUACUAUGCAGUGACGAAUGAACACCACAGACCGGAAGAGGAACUUCUGGUCAUCUUUAACAAGAAAAUCGGCAAGAACCCCACUUUUAAGUUAUUAAAGGACAAAGUCAAGCUUUUAAAAUGACUAUGACUAUAUCUAAAAAUUGAAUUCCUUCUGUUAAUUUCUUUUCACUGCUGUUUAUAAAAUGUGUAACAAAUGAUAACAAUUCAAAUUUUUGCUUUCAGAAG